CAUGCAACACGUCCUAGUAAUUCCAACUCACUCACUUUUCUCGUAACAGUUCUCCUGUUAUUCAUGAUACUGAACUCCCACCAGAUGUCACCAAAUUUUCUGCUCUGGCUAGUGCUUGGUGUUUUUUUGAUGGCUACAAUGCUAAGGAUGUAUGCGACAUGUCAACAGCUUCAAGCCCAGGCCCAAGCUCAUGCAGCAGCAGCCAGUGGCCUUCUUGGCCACACAGAACUACGGUUGCAUAUGCCUCCAUCGAUAGCACUUGCAAGCCGAGGGCGUCUGCAGGGUCUCAGACUUCAGCUGGCACUUCUUGAUCGGGAGUUUGAUGAUCUAGAUUAUGAAACUUUAAGAGCUCUGGAUUCGGAUAAUGUUUCUACUGCACCUUCUAUGACUGAAGAAGAGAUAAAUGCUCUUCCAGUUCACAAAUACAGGGUUUCUGUUCCCCAAAAUUAUCUUGAAGAGCAUAUUGAAAUAAGCUAA